AUGAAGCGCGUUUCGAGUCGCGAACCGCCCUCGUCCCCCGCGCUGCGCCCCGACGAAACGCGCUCAGCGGAGGCGAGGCGCAGCCGGGUGGAUUUGGCCGGCAGUUACUGCGCCACCAAGGAGCAAGUCGCCAAUUUUAUUCGCCGAUUUCACUGCGCCCUUCACGCCCAUGUCGGCAUAGGCUUGACCAACCGCCCGCCCGCACGCCCACCGCACCUGCACCGGCGCCCGUCUCCCAUCCCCUCUAUGUUGCCGGUCUUCGGAAGAGAAUUGAUGGUGGGCCGCCGCCCGCAGGUGGGCCGCACCACUCAGCUGGGGAGCGGGUCGGUGCCGGGCCUGCGUAUUGAUCCCCCACCCGCGCCCCCGGCCCCUGGGGAGCAGCGCGCCCCAGGGGGACUCCCGCGAGCCGCCACGAACAGGCAGAACCAGCAGCAGGAGGAGGAAGGUACCCCCCCUCCCCCCACCCCAACCCAUGCCCCAGUCCCAGAGCCUACCUACCACCCGACACCAGGCCGAGAGUGCCACGCGCCCACCCCAGCGCCUCCACGACCGCCGGCCGACAACCACAACCACGGCCACCGACACACCUCACUCGCGGCCUCCGACACAACCCCACCUCGGGAAAGGCAAAACGAGUGA